CUGUUCUAGAGUUAAACAGGUCUUCUCGGGAUCAGGAUGUUCUUCCAGAGGUAUGGAAGAAGAAAGUGAUCAUGGAGACUGAGAUGAAGAACCUGGCGUUUCAUCUGGGAUUAGGGAACAGAGCAGGAUCCGCCCCCUCCGCAAGGAGGCGCGUGCAUAAAUACAGCCCGGCUUCCGCACACCUACCGACCCCCCACCGAGAGCUGCGAUGCAAAGCCCCCACAAACCUCCGUUUGCCACCUGGCUGCUGACGCAGGUGCAGACCGGUCAGUACGCUGGACUGCAGUUCGUGGGCCGGAACCGGUUUCGAGUUCCCUGGAAACACAACUCCAGACGGGACUGUAACGACGAGGACAUCCAAAUCUUCCGGGCGUGGGCAGUGGCCAGCGGAAAAAUCAACCAGUUUCCAGACAACAAAGCGAGAUGGAAAACCAACUUUCGCUGUGCUCUCAACAUCCUUUCUAAGCACUUCCGGAUGGUGGAGGAUAACUCCAAGAUCCAGCACGAUCCUCACAGGAUCUAUGAGGUUAUAAACCUUGAAUCUGAAUGUCUACCAGCCCAGACUUCCCCACAGGAAUCGGAUCAUUCUCUGAAUAUUUACAGCUCUCCCGUUGAAUUCUCCUCCUCAGGACACGUGGAGGAUCUGCUGAACAACCUCGGUGCCUUGGAUCUUGAAGCACAGCCAGCAGAGGAUGGACUGUGGCAGGAGACCAGUCUCCAGCCGGAUCCACCUGUCCAGACAAGCUAUCCAGACCAGCAACCAAGUUACAUAAACCCUCCGUCCUUCCUUACUCAACCUCAACCUCCCAGUUUAUGCGACCUGGAGAUCUCCAUCCACUACAGGAAAACAGAAAUGCUGAAGACCACGAUGAACGUCAGCCGCCUGCAGCUUCAUUACCAUCAUGAAGUUCCAGAGUUUAACGCUUUUCCGCUCUGCUUUCCCGUUCCGGAUGGUCUUGUAGACCACAAACAGAUUGAUUUCACCAACCGCAUCCUGAACAGCAUCCAGCGAGGUCUGCUCCUGGAGGUGCAAGACACUGGGAUCUACGCCAUCAGGCAGGACAGGUGCCAUGUGUUCGUUAGCACAGAUCCCUCCAGCGUGGCUCCACCACCCCCACAGAAACUUCCCCAAAGCACUGCAGUCCAGCUCUUGAGCUUUGCAAAGUAUAUUGAUGAGCUGAAGGAGUUCAAGGAAAACCGUGGCCGCUCUCCGGCCUACACCAUCAACAUGUGCUUCGGAGAGAAGUUUCCUGACGGCAAACCUUUGGAGAAGAAGCUCAUCGUGGUCAAAGUGGUGCCCUUGAUCUGCAGACAUUUUCAUGAAAUGGCUCAAAUGGAAGGGGCGUCGUCUCUCAACAGCGUCAGCCUGCAGAUUUCUCAGACCAGCCUCUAUGAUCUCAUCAACGCUGUGUUCGGCCCCCCAGCAGCAGAGGAGUCCUCCUCCCCCCCUGAGCCUUUUGGUCAGAUCUAAAAUGUGGAAACCUACACGAUAUGACUGCACGUUCUUAUGUCACAGAAGCCGUUUUAGAUUUGAUUCUUUUGUAAAAAUGUCAGAAUUUGGUUAUAUUUGGAUCAUUUGUACAUUGUUUGAUUCUGCUUCUGUCACAAAAGGAACUGAACCAGCAACCUUUACAUCCUCUGUGGUUAAAGUCAAUGCAUGCUUCGUUAGGACCCCCCAUUAACAAUUUUUCAAGGCAUUAGGGCUGGGUAUGAAUUUCCAGAAUUGAUUAGAUUUAAAAGAGCCUGGAUCGAUUCGAUUCCGUUCAAUUUUGAGUUUACAUAUUUAGUUAUUUUUUUUAAUAAAAUACACUAAUAAUCAAUAUUAUAUGUUUUGAAGUGGCCAGAUUGAAGAAUGGAGAAAAAAAAAAAACUCAUGGGUCUCUGAUAUUGUUUGGGGGCCUGGUCGGAUUCGGCCCGCAGGUCGCAGU